UCUUAAUACGGUACUGAGAUGGGCGCUAAGGUAUCCAAUCAAAAUACGAGAUGCUAUUAGUGCUCUUUAAAUAAAUCUUCCGCUAAAUAUUUAUUACGUAUAAUCGUUGUUGUAAAUGAUUGAAACUUCCAUUGUUUAAUUGUUAUCUAAUUGUUAAAUUAAAAUUGGUUUUUUAAAUAUGGCAGAAAUUCUUCGACGAGAAAUACUGCAUCAAUUUAAGACAUUACACAGAACGAGAUUAAAUACGUUUAAAGGAGAUGAAAAUGCAUUGAAAGUGAUCAGGGCUAAAAUAAAUGAAGAGUACCGAAAAUAUAAGGAUGUUACGAAUCAAGGUGCUAUAAAAGAGUUAAAUAAAUUUGCACAAGAAGUUGAGCAUGAACUACGAUUAAGCGUAAUCCAAGCAAUCGAGAAGGAACCUGGAGUAUAUAAACUUCGAAUUACACCUAACGUAUUAUUAGACAAUGCAACGUGUGGAGAUAUAUCUAGUUCAAAUAAUAGUCAAAGUAAAUUAGUUAACAAAAAAUCAGUAUGUAGAGAGAAUAUUGAGAAAUCAUAAUUUUUGACAAGCUCAAUAACAAGAUAAUUUGCUAAAUUAUAGAUACAUAUGCGAUUGUAUUAGAGUUAUAUCUUUGUAUAUAGUAAAGCAAGCUGUUUCAGCUUCAUUCUAAUAAAAAUAUUUUUUAUUUUUACUUUAUUCAUUUACUAAAAUACUUUAAAAUAAUUUCAAUUAUUUAAUUUGAAAUGUUUAAAUAAAAAAAUUAUGCGGUGCAUAUAUACUGCGUUGGUUAUAAACUGGGAAAAAGAUAAAUUUUAUCUUCUCUUUCAUAAUCAUUAUUGUCGACAGUAACGAGUAAAUUUUUAUUUACAAUACGUUAAUUACAAUAUGUUUUAUCAGAUGUUCCCGUAAUUUAACGAUCUUCAUCUAAUCACACAGCCUUUAUCGAACUUUUAAAUGUAUUCUACAUUUAUUCACAUAAAUUUGAAUUCUUGAUCCAA